AUACUAUGGUUUCUAUACAGUCAAUACUUAAGAAGAACGUGUGUUUGGAAGGGACGAAGUAGUUGGAGUGCCGAGGGGAUAGAGCGCUGCAGCCACAUACAGGAAGCUUAUGUUUACCAAAGGAAGCAGCCAUGCCAACCAGCAAACUUCCAGGGGCAGCAAAGUCAGUCCAGGAGAUGCCUUUUAAAAUGUCCAGCAGGUUCCAAAGCAAAGUGGUGGCACCACGUAACCCCAAGCUUGUCAAAGAUGAACAACCUUCACUAACGCUGACUCCCUCAGCAUUCCUCAAGGAAAUGUCACUAACUACAGAGGAAAGGCUGGCCAGCACUCGGGAGAUGCAUCCUCCACGGAUCAUUCAACUGCUUGAUAUGAGUGAAACCACCCACCAAAAGUUCUCCACAGUGGACUUGGACCAAGCUCUUUUCCAACCUUUUCCUUCAGAGAUUGUCUUCCAAAACUAUGCAGCCUGUGAGACAUAUGAGGUGCCACUGAUUUUAAGGAACAACGAUAAGGUGCCGCGGCUGGUGAAAGUCAUUCAGGAGAAUUCACCCUACUUUCAAAUCAUCAGCCCCAGUGAUGUGUGUAACAAAGUGGCUCCAGGGAUGCCAUCUAUAUUUCGUAUUCUUUUCACUCCUGAGGAGAAUAAGGACUAUUUCCAUGAACUCGUAUGUGUCACAGAACGAGAGAAAUUUGUUGUUCCUGUUCGAGCUAUUGGAGCACGUGCAUUGUUGGACUUUCCAGACCAACUAAAUUUUUUGCUUUGUCCAGUCAAGUACAACUCCCAAAAAACACUCUUGGUGCGGAACAUUGGGAAUCGUGAGGCGAGAUUUCAACUCCUUACUCGAAGUCCUUUUAUUGUCAGUCCUGUGUCUGGGACUUUGGCAGUUGGUGAAAGUAUGCAAGUUAUAGUGGAGUUUUUGCCCCUGGAAGUGGGUGACCACACACAGGUUAUGAUAAUCCAUUUUGACACAGGAGAAGAUGUUCAUGUUGGAUUGUAUGGAGCUGCCACUGAUAUCAAUGUCCGGCUGGACAAGAAUUCUCUGAUAAUAGAGAAAACAUACUUGUCACUAACUAGUCAAAGGACAGUAACCAUUAGCAACCGCAGUGACAUUAUAGCUCACUUCCAGUGGAAAGCAUUCUCAAGUCAGCAGGAGGAGGAACAUCAAAAGCUAAGAUUCUGCUCUGAUCUGAGGUCAGAGGAAGAGGCAGAAACAGAUCGCUUUCUAGAAGAGUGCAGUGCAGAUCCUUCACUUCGUGAACGCCUUUCACUUCUCAGUCGCACAUUUCAAAACCGCCGCAAGAUGGUAGAGGGUGACAAUAUGCUAUUUUCAGAUGACAUCUUUCACAUUGAACCAGUGGAAGGUGAUGUCUGGCCUAAUUCAUCUGUAGAAAUAAGUGUGUUUUUCAAGCCUCAAGCGCCUAAGAUCUACCAACGGACUAUCUACUGUGACAUAACAGGCAGAGAAACCAGACUUCCCUUGCGAAUAAGAGGUGAAGGCCUUGGGCCAAAGCUUCAUUUCAACUUUGACCAGUUGGAUAUUGGCAAGAUCUUUGUUGGUUCCACACACAGCUAUGAGGCUGUCCUGACAAACCGAGGAGCUGUUGAUGGAAUAUUUACUCUAAUCCCUACCUGCUCUGCUGUUGGUUCCUGCUUCACCUUCAGUCCCAAUGAAGGAAUCAUCUUGCCUGCAGGACACCAAGCCAUCCAAAUAACAGUGUGCUCCAGCAUUCUGGGAGAGUUCAAAGAGGAGUUCCACUUCAGUGUAGAUGGAGCAUCUGAGGAAGUAAAAUUAACUAUCAGUGGCUGUAUCAUUGGACCCACAUUUCACUUUAGCUUACCAUCACUUCAGUUUGGGGAUAUUUCAUUUGGGUUUCCGUCCACUUUAACUUUCUCUCUUAAUAAUACAUCGCUGGUACCAAUGACCUUUAAGCUGCGCAUCCCUGGAGAUGGCACUGGGGAGCCGAGCAUCACAAGUUCCAAUCAGAUUUUAAAUGAUAGGAGGUCAUCAUGGAGAAGAGGAGUUAAAAAUGCCAGCCCUAAGGAGUUCUCUGUCGCUCCCUCCAGAGGCACUAUCCGUUCUCAGGGACAGCUAGAUAUACAGGUCACUAUUUGUUCCAAUCAGGUUAAAAGAUACGAACUGGCUCUUGUGGUGGAUGUGGAUGGUAUUGGAGAUGACGUUUUGGCUUUGCCUAUUACUGCCAGAUGUGUUGUUCCUACUGUGUGUCUGAUGGACUCUAUGCUAAAAUUCAGCCGUUGCUUCCUACAUUACCCAUAUGAGAAGACAGUGACCCUUAAAAAUCUGAGUAACCUUCCUGCUUGCUAUGGAUUAGAGCCACAGGAGCCAAAUGCUACUUCUACAGUGCUGUAUUAUAGUCCCAAUCCCAGUGGUAUUAUAGAGCCACAGGGAAGUGUAGAUGUGCCCAUCAUUUUGAAGGCUCAGGUGACUGGGGAGCAGGGCAUCAAGGCCAAGAUUGCACUGUUUGGAUGCAAUGAGUCUCCACUGGAGGUGCUGUUGUUGUGCACAGGAGAAGGGCCCGUUGUCCAUGUAUAUCCCACUGAGAUGGACUUUGGAAAUAUUAAGGUUCUAACUGAUAUAUCAAGGAUUCUGCAUUUGAGCAAUCAAUCAUUGAUCCCAGCUCGGUUCAUGGCACAUAAGACACGCAAGCGUUCUCUGUGGCGCAUUGAGCCAAGCCAUGGUGAGGUCCCUCCUCAUGGAGAAAUACAACUUACCGUUUUUGCUCAUUUGGAUGAUACAAUCAGUUUCCAAGACAAAAUCCAGCUGAUGAUUGAAAACAGUAACACCUAUUUCAUUCCCCUGUAUGCCAAGGGCAUUGGGACCACCAUUGUCACUGACAAAAUGUUUGCUCCUGUCUUAAACCUGGGAGCCCAUUUCAGUGCUGGCCCCUGUCAGUACCAUUUUACUAUGACCAAUCGAGGGCGUCGUACCCAACAGCUAUACUGGAUGACAGAGGGGUUCUCCCAGCAACGAAAACGUUCACAGCCCCCGAGCAUUAAAACAGGAGCUAUCAACUCUGAGCAUACAAGCCCAGUUUUCAAACUGCAUCCAUCACGCAUGGAGCUUACUCCAGGUCAAAGUGUAGAUGUGCUCCUUGAGGGAUUCUCAGAUCUUCCUCAGGUGGUCAAGGAGACGCUUGUGGGUCAGGCCAUUAUUGGAAAACAGACAGGGAAGGAAACAAUCAUGGAGGUGGAUGUAAUAUGUGAAUUUAUUGCUCCUGUUUUAAACCUCUCUUCUAAGAACCUUCACUUUUACACCGAGAAGCAACCAGAUGACUGUCUUGUUCCUAUGUCUAAAUCAUUGAAAAUGAAAAACAUUUCUUCUCUUCCGCUGACAAUAUUUCUGACUUUGAGUGAGCCAUUCUCUUUAUGCAAUAAUGAUCCUCUUGGAAAUGGAGAAGCAAAGCCUCAAAUUCUGGAAGCUGGAGAAGAAAACGUAAUUACUGUAAGAUUUGAUCCAACUUAUAUCCAUGAUUUAAGGAGUCAAAUAAUAGAUGACGUUUUGACAAUCCAAUAUGCUGAGCACCCAAACACUGACCAUGUUUCCAUUAAGGCUGAAGUUCACUUUCCAAACCUACACUUCCCUACAACACAGAUCCACUUUGGUUGCAUCUUAAAUGACACUGAAAGUGUACAAGAGCUCACAGUUACAAACUCCAGCCCUUUGCCAGUUCAGUAUCACUGGUCAUACCUCACUGAGAACUUGGACUGUCAAAUCAGAGAUGCAGAUCUUAAGGAGCCAGAAACUGGUCAGACAAGCUGUAUAGAAGACAAUGGGAUAAUACCUAGCACUGAGCUAAACUUCCAAGAUCUUAAUGAAAACUCUGAUGGAAAGGAUUUGAUGUCAGAAAGUGAUCUAGAUGGGUUAAGCCAGGAUCAUCAUUUAAGUGAUUUGCCCAUUGUAGAUAAAAUUUCUGUGUCAGAGAAGGAUCAUGUAAUAACCGGAGUGGAAGAGGUUUUCGAUAUAAUGCCUCUUUUUGGGACAUUACAGCCAGGAGAAAGUCAAAUAAUAUGCUUCACUUUUUAUGGACAUGCUGGCAUCAGUGCACAAGCAAAAGCACUUUGUAAAGUGAGUGGUGGGCCAACCUAUGAAAUAAGUCUUCAAGGAGAGGCCUCACUUGUCAGUUAUACUCUGAAUACAAAAGACAUUAAUUAUGGAAUACAGCGGUUUGAUCAGGUGGCUGAGGCAAGUAUUAUACUCAAGAACACUGGGAAGGUCAGCUUUCCAUUUACUGUGCUUAACCAAAACUGUGAGGGGACCAUGAUACCUGGGGAGCCCCUGGUACAGCCAGUCAGCGGUCACAUUGCUGCUGGUGAGGAGGGGGUCCUUAAGGUAUCCUUUUUCCCUGGGAUUCCAGAAUCUUUCCAGAGGGUUAUUCAGCUACAAGUGGCUCAUUUUGAACCAGAAAGCAUUACUCUUCAAGGGGAGGCAGUGUUCCCCAGAAUCUGUUUGGAUCUUCCUCGUAACAUUAAAGAAAAUGAGAAGUUGCAGGCCUAUUUGAGAGAGGCAGAGGGGAACAUGAUGGAAACAAAGCACAUUAUGAACAGUUUAGUGCCAUCUACAAACAUGGAAACUUCUUUUGAGCCACCUAAUACUGCUAUGGACAGUUUGUUAAUGAUGGAGAUGGAACGCUUAUUUUUAAAGGAACAUGCAACAGAGCAGCUGCUGUCUAGAGAGGGUGUCCACACAGUUCAGCAAAAACUUCUCAAGGUCCUUUUGCCUGAUUACCUUUUGGAUUUUGGCUAUGUCAUUCUGGGAGAUGUUCGCACAUAUAUUGUCAAAAUAACAAACACAGGUCACUUUCCUGUGUGCUUUCGGGCAGACCGACGUGGGCUAGUUGAUUCAGGAUUCAGUACAGAGUUAGAUCGAGUGAAAAACUUACCUUGCUGUCAGACUGAGACUUUCCAAGUUAAGUUUGAUCCUAGAGGUGCCAACCUUAACCUUGGACUUGUGGAAGCUGUAAUGAUUAUCCAGGUAUCUGGAGGAUCCAAAUUUCCAGUGCGACUAAGGGCAACAGUGACAAUGCCUUCUUUGUGUACUUCAAGUGACAGGGUGGAAUUUAGUCCUGUGCAGUGUGGGCAAUGUGAAAUCAGGUCUAUACAGCUUUACAACCCUCUGCCUGUGCUGUGUGAAUGGGCUGUAAUGAGCCAGGAUAAUGAAAUCAAGAUAGACAAACACACACCUCUUCACCUACGUAAGAAAUUGCGUCAGGACAUGAAACCCAAGCCACCUAUCUUUGAGCUGAUGCCUGCAGCUGGAAUUCUACUUCCUUCUCAGAAGAAAAAUGUAGAAAUUCGGUUCUUCCCUCAGGAAGAGAAACUGUAUAGCCAACGCUUGGUGCUGCAGGUUGCUCAGAGUAGUCAGCGCGUGAUGAUCCUAGUGGAGGGGAAGGGAAUGGAACCUCGUUUGGAAUUUACCCCCUCUGUGCUGGAACUAGGUCCUGUUCUUCCAUUUAGCUCUGGGGAUGAUGUUGAAGUUCUUGUGAAGAAUCCCUGCAGCUUUCCCAUAGAGUUCUAUUGCUUGGAGAUGGACAAGCAGUACUUGGAAGAAGAGAAGAUUCUUCGGAUGCUUAAAGGCUAUGACUCACAGAACACUUUGCUGCUUCCACCUCGGAUUCCUGGGGAGAAAUUGCCAUAUGAGAUUCUCGAGUAUUAUGAGGAGCAAAAACGAUUACAAGAGGAAAUUGUACAUCCCCUCUUGACCGAUCAUCAGGAGAGUGGGGCUGAGGAGCCUGAGGAAGAACAGACCUUUGAUCCCUCUGAGAAACAGGAUUUGCUUGGAACCCAGCAUAUUCCCUCCAAUACAAGCUGUAUUGAGAGUCGUUCCUCUCGGACUGAAGGAAACCCAGAAGAAGCAGAAGAGCCAGAGAAAAGAGCAAGUUCAGGUGACAGGAGUAGAGAAAAACAGCUACAAACUGAUAAUGACACCAAGGCAGUGGGGGAGUUGGACCAAAACCCUGUUUCCUUAGCUAUUGCUAGGCAUAUGGGAAUAGACAUCAGCAGUGAGGGCCGAGCAGCAAGUAAUCGCAGAGGCAUUGCCAUCAUAGUUCACGGAGCACCUCUCACUGGAAAGUCUUCAGCUGCAGUGACUUUGGCACAGCAUUAUAAUAUCCCAUGUCUAAGCAUUGAUUCGGUGGUUCUGGAUGCUAUUUCUGAUAGUAAUAGCCCUACUGGUAUGAGAGCAAGACAACUCUGUUCCAAGGCUGCCUUUGAUGUGGCCUUGCGUGAAUCUGAGGAGACGGCUUUACAGGCCACAGAGACCAGUGGUCAGCCCGGACUUAGUAUGGAAGCUUUGGCCAAACACACUGCUGAAGGAGGGCAAGGAACUGAUACUAAAACUGGUCCUUAUUCAGUUAUUUCCCGAGCCAAUCGAGGUAGCAUAGUGACUGGAAAGGGCAAGUCAGAAAGCCAUCAAAUGCAAGGAAGCAAGCAACAACAUCUUUCUGAACCUGCAGGAUCACAGACAGAAAGUUCUCCCUUUCCAGCUUGUCCCACCCAAAAACGAUUAAGUGUCAGUGCCAGUGUGGGUGGUGAGCUUGGGUUGAUGAGUUGUGUCCUACCAGAUGAAUUAUUACAAGAUAUAAUAAGUGAGAGAUUGCAGCUGAAUGACUGCUUUCGGGGUGUCAUCUUUGAUGGCCUGGAUACAUUGUUUGCUCGCAAUAUGCCCUCUGCUGUUCUCUCUCUGCUGAAAUCAUUUAAUAACCGCCAGCACAUAUACAUUAUUAACUUGCACCAGGAUUAUGCCACCAUGAAAGAACGUGAGAAAGCACAGAGACAGAAAGAAGAGGAUGAUCGCCUGUGUGCAGAGGCCAAAGACAGAACUCGUAUAGAAGAAAUGGAUGAAGAGGAAUAUGACAACCUACCUGAAGAAGAGCGUGCACACAUUGAUGGUUUGCGCCUCAUAGCUCUGCGGGAGCGAAAGAAAAGAGAGCAGGAAGAGCGCCAGGCUCGGGAAGAGCAACAAAGAAAACUUCAGGAAGAGUUAUUGAGGCAACGAGAAGAGGAUGAGUUAAGGAAAAAGACCAAAAGAGGAAAAAGCCGAGAGGACACAGGCGGAAAGAAAAGCCAGAUAGGAAGCAAGCAGAUUAAUAAUUUACAUGCUGUAAAGUCUGAAGUGAGAAUUGAUUCAGGGUUAGAAAGAAAAGUAUCUGUAAAGGAUCGCCCAGAGUCUGUGGCUAAUGAUUUGGAUGAUGCAUUGAAAAGGAGGAAAAGUAAAGACAUUAAGGGAGGUAUUGGAGACAUUGCACAACAAGUUUCAGUUCCUGAAGAUUUUGAGAAGGAAGUAGUCAGUGAAAGUGAGAAGAAGCUACUUCAGAGGUUCAAAAACUAUGAAUCUUGUAAAAAGGAAAUCAUGCAAAUCUCUACUUUCUGGGAUCGUGUGCAGGGUAUCAUGGUGAUUCCUUCUUUGGCGGAAGUAAGUCAACAUGAAGGGGAAGAGCUUAUCCCAGAACGCCAACUACCCUCUGGAAAGAGAAAUCGAAAGGACCGUGAGCGUGACCGCCUGGAGAAGCUAGAGCGAGAAAAGACAGAGAAAGAACGUUUAGAGAAAGAGAGAUUGGAGAAAGAAAGACUGACCAAGUUGAGAAGCAGGGAGGAUGAUGCUGAAUCACACUCACAAAGAGAGGGAUGUGAGGAACCUAAAGAGGAGCUGAAGUUAGAUUUGGGAGUACCCUACUUCAACUUUCAAAUGUCUGGCCCUGAGAAACCAAGUGGAGAGAAGAUCUUACAGAGUGGCAAGUUACCAACAGUAGACAAGGUUCUUGAUGGCUUAGGAUUGGGGCCUUCUGGUCCUCCAAUGCCCCCACCAUCUUUGUUUUCUGUAGUACUCUUUCCAGAAAUGAGGACUUUACCCUCUGAUCAAGAAACCUUGGGACAUUUCACCUUUAUUGCCACCUCACCAGAUGAUCCCAAUAUUAUUGUUGAUGAAAAGAAAGAAAAUGAGCCUGAAUCAGAACUUGUGUUUCCUGUGCCUGUACUUAAGGAAGAGCAGAUGACACCAACUAAAAGCCGAGCCAAGAAAGAGAAAGCUACAGAUGCUGGCCGUGAGAGCCAGAAAGACAAGCGCCGCUCAGCUUCUGUACAAAAGAGCAAGCAGAUCCAGGAAAGCCACUCACCACCUCCUGCUCCCAGGACCCCUCUCUCUGAUGUUGACCAAAGUAGUAUUAUAGGAGAAGCUGUGCAAGAAAAACUAUUAAGGUUAAGCACCUUCCGCUGGAUUGUUCCAGCAGGUGGAGAAGUACCACUCAAAAUUCACUUUGCCUCCAGUACCAUUGGUAACUUCGAUCAGACCCUAAAUUUUGAACUUUUAGGAACUCAACGUAUAUAUCAACUGUACUGCCGGGGAGUCUGCACUUUUCCCAGUAUCUGCACUGACCCUAGGGUAGUAUUUCCAAACCGUAAGAAGGAGACAAAGCCUGAUGAAAUCGUUCACAAGAAAUUUAUUUUGAACAAUGGAACCUAUGAUUUUGGGCCACUUCUUUGUGGCAAAACUAGAGAGAAGUACAAAGCAUGUCAGUUCCCAGAGAACAUGGAGAAAAUAUUAAUCUGCAAUAAGUCUCCUGUGGACUCAGAGAUCACAUUCUGCUUCCAGCAUGAUGUCAAAGCCGUAAGCUUCAUCCUGGAUCCACCAACAAUGCACCUGAAGCCUAAUCAGAAACAGGAACUUUCAAUUUGGGCCUACCCUACUUCUCCAGGUUUGUUUGAGGAUAACAUAGUAUGCUGCAUUAAGGAUAACCCUGAGCCUGCCAUAUUCCGUAUUUGCUGUAGAGGAGUCCGUCCAGAGCUUGAAUUAGACCGCAAGCAAAUUCAUUUUGACAAAAUUCUGCUGCAACGGAAGGAUACUAGAACAGUCUUUCUUAGAAACAGCACUCUAUUGCCUGCAGCUUGGCGUCUAACUGGCCUGGAAAACCUAGGAGAUGAUUUCUCAGUUUCACAGGAUCAGGGAAUAGUUGGUCCUCGAUCUGAGUAUGGCUUACAGCUUCAUUUUAAGGCAGCCAGGGCCACUAACAUAAAGAAGUUAAUUCGUCUCGAGGUUUCUGAUGUUGAAAAUAUCCUAGGAAUUGUUCAGCUGGAAAAUAUUCAGGUGUGGGCAGAAUCCUAUGAUGUUGCUCUGGAUAUUAGUUUUCCAAAGGGUAGAGAUGGUGGAUUAGACUUUGGGGUGGUGAAAGUGAAUGAUGAAGCAAAGCACACUCUGUCAUUAAAGAACAAAGGCAAAUAUGAGAUCGCCUUCAGUUUCUCCUUGGAUGCCAUGGGACCUGAAUUGUCAGAUUUCAACUCGUUCUUUACUAUCCUGCCCCAGAAAGGCACUCUUAACUCCACUGACCGGGCCACUCAGGUUCAGAUCCUAUUCCAAUCCAAAAAAGAGGUGCAAAUUGCUGAUAAACCUAUUUUGCGAUGCCAGAUUAUUGAACCAAGUCUGGGUGAGGGAGGUGAGACAAUCGCAAGUAUUCCUAUACGUUUAUCCGUGCAAUCUGUUUUCACGAAGUACCGGCUUUCUCCAUCUUCAGAUAUUAAUUUUGGUGCUAUGGUAUUAGGAACUCGCAAGCAAAGUUCUUUUACAUUGGAGAACUGUGGCAGUCUGGAAUUUCGCUACAUAAUUAGCAAAAUGAUUAGGGAAGUAAUGAUCCAGCCACUGAAGAGAGGACCAGGUCCCAGUACGAAGAGAGUUCGCUCCCGGGAAGGUUCUGGAUCCAGCAGAUCUCUUGCCCUGAACAAAGGCAAACGUGCUGAUUCACAGACAAAGGAAACAAAUUUUGCUGGACAGGCACGUUUGGCAUUGGGCAUGUUCACAAUAUCUCCAGGCUUCGGAACAGUUCAACCAGGAGGCCAUGUGACCAUCAGUAUUGAAUGCUUUGCUGACCAGUUGGGCAAAAGUGAAGAGUUCCUGGCAAUUGAUAUUUCUGAUAGACACCCUGAAGAUCAUGCUAAUGGGAUACCAUUCCGACUUGUGACUGAAUCCUGCACCCCUGGCUUUGUGACAGAUGACUUUGCCAGUAUUUUUGAGGAACACCGCAUUGUGGGUGAUGCAAGGACUCUACAGUACCUCCCUGCUUUACAAGCUGGAGGCAUUUACCUCAAGGAAGAAAAUCGCUUUUUGUUUUGGAAUGUUCUUGUUGGACAGACUUCUACUGCUCGUUUCAAGAUCCAGAAUACUGGCAAGGUUCCCUGUGAUGUGGUGUUGUCUGUCAAGCCCAUUUCUUCUAAGACAGCAGCUCGGAUCAGUGAUAUCUUUGAAGUGAACCCACCACGCAUGAACAUCCCAAGCCAUAGCCACUGCUAUGCCAGCGUGACAUUUACACCGCAAAGCAUGCAGACAUAUCAGUGUAUCUUUGAGGCUUCUUUGGAAGGCACUGGAAGUGCUCUCUCUAAGAACAGGAGUUUGUCCUUUGAUAUUAGUGGAGAAGGGAACCUUCCACAUGUCUCUAUUUCACGGCCUGUGUUUCGCAACAAACAUGGAAACCCACUCCUACUCUUCCAAAGGCUGCUAUUGGGCCAGUUCCAGCAACUUCCUCUCAUUCUUAAGAAUGAAGGGUCUGUCCCCACACGGAUAAACAUUGAUGUACCUGGUGAAUCAGAUGUCUUUAGUUUAAAGCCAAAACCCAAUACUCGCUGUAUCUACCCAGCUUGGGGUUCAGAUGGGGAGCUGGAAUCACUCUGCCCAGGGCGAAGACCUCAUGCAGCUUCCCUCAUCCUGCAUCCUGGUGAUGUAGCAGAGUUUGUUGUAACCUUCAGUCCUGUUAGUCCUCAACGUUAUGAAGCCAUUUUACCCAUUUCUGUGGUCGACAAUCAGUAUGAGCAAAGCUAUGUACAGUUGGUUGGAGAGGGUUAUCAGGAUGAUUUGACACUUGAUAAUAUUCAUAAUCUUGGAGAAGUUAUAGCCCCAGAGGAACCACUUGAAAAUGAUGUUGUAGAAGCUACUCGUACUGAUCACAUCAUAUUUGGAGAUUGUCAUAUUGCUCAGCCUUAUCAAGUGACCUUCACCAUGACCAAUCGCAGUAAAAUGGAUGCAUUGAGGUUUCAGUGGCCCUCAGACGAACCUCUGCAAUUCUCACCUCGGGUUGGACACAUCCACACCGGUUGUUCCAAGGACGUUACAUUGACCUUGAAAUCAGAUGUUGUUCUGACCCUUAGCAAGACUCCAAUAAAAUGCAAAGUGUCACGCAUUUCAUUCCCACUUCCCUUUGACCAAGUGGCAGACUGGGAUGAUCGAAUGAGAACGAUAAAAUGGGUGGAUUCGGGCAAAAGUCCUGUUGGGCAACAGUCUACCAAAAAAAAGGUAAUCGAGACAGACCCAGAGCCAGCUCAUGUUGUGCUGGAUGAUGGAUCCCGUGAGCUUGAACUCUUAGUUACUGCCAAAGUGGAUCAUGCGCAGUUUAUGACUGACUGUGACCAAGUGGUGUUCAAAGACACUCUUCUCUAUCAAACUCGGGUUUACAAGUACCAGAUGAAGAAUAUUGGUUCUGUUCAGCUACAGUUUUCCUGGAAGAUCCUAAUGGACAUUCAGGAAAAAUCUGUCAGCUUCUCUCCUAGACGUCCUAGCAUAGACGAGCCUCUAAGUAGUGCACGGUCUUCCUCUGCCCAAAGUAGGCCAGCCAGUGUUUUAGAGAGUGUGUCUUCAAUGAUGACCAUGAGUGCGGAGACACUACCAUUCUCAGUCCAGCCCAGCAGUGGCACUAUCCCAGCUGGUGAAAGUCAAGAGUUUCUUAUCAAGUUUUCUCCUUUAGAGGUUGGAGAGUUUGAAGCACGUCUAACUUGCAGCAUUCCCAACCUAGCAAUGAAUCAGCAAGCUCCUGUUCUUAUUGUUAAAGGACACAGUGUCCUUCCAUUUUGUCACUUCCAACUAGAAGACUCAGACUAUAUCAGCAAAGGAAGACGCAACCCAGAACUACGAGGGCCCCGUGGAGCCCCUUCUGGAACCACUCUAGAUCCCAAAACUCGUGUCAUUGAAUUUACCUCUAUAGGCAUCAAAACCAAAACCGCCAGGAGCUUCAGCAUACUUAACCCCACCAGUAGCGCAUACUCCAUACUGUGGAACUGUGAGGACCCUCAGGAUUUUCAAACCUCUCCUGCCUUUCACUGCCUCAAUGAACAUGGGAUUAUUCAGCCAGGAAAGAAAGUGGAGGUUACAUUUGAAUUUGUCCCUCAAGUACUGGAUAUCACUGAGUCCUUCUGGUCAUUCACCAUUCCUGAACAGAACAUCUCUGUUCCUUUCUUGCUUGUUGGUAAGGCCAGUGAACCAUCUGUGUCCUUGGAUAGAUCACAUCAUAACUUCCAUUCCAUUUUUGUUGGUCAUGAACUUGAAGAGAUAGUAUACCUAAUAAACAAUGAAAAUAAGCCAUUCUCCUUUGCUUUUCGAGAAAACUCUAGAUUUUCGGAGGGAUUUAGCCAAAGUUUGCUGGUAAAACCUAUGGAAGGAACCAUCACACCAUUGUCCAGGUUGCCCGUCUGUAUUUUAAUCAAGCCAACCCAAGUAGGAGAAUUAAACUUUAACCUGAUCUGUGACAUUCGUACAAAAACGGAACCACUUUGCCUGAAUGUAAAGGCAGAAGGACACACCACUGAUGUGUGUGUUCAGUGUCAAGACGGCACAGGUGCAGUAACCACCCUGACUUCUCAGGAAACCAAUGAAAUUGACCUUGGGCAGGUGGAUAUUAAUGACAGCACGUCACUUCAGUUUAAUAUUAUGAACAAUGGUCAGUUUCCGUUCAAUUUUUCGUGUGCACUGUCUGCUCCUGAGACUGUAAAGGACUGUAUAACCAUCCAUCCAGACAGUGGCUAUGUGGGACCUGGGCAGGUUGCACACUUCUCACUUGCCUUUUAUCCCACCAAGAAAUGUACACUUAAGGACACCCAGCUGAUUAUAAAGAUAGAAAAUGGACCAGAGUUAAGAUGUUGUCUUAAUGGCAGAGCUGUCAGGCCUGGAAUGCAUUUCUCUUUUACGCAGUAUAACUUUGGGAAUUGCUUUAUUUACCAUGCUGGAAUGCAGCCUGUUCGGAAGACUCUAAUCAUUACCAACAAAGAUGAGAGGGAGGUUAGCAUGGAUUGUCUGUACAGUAACACAGCCCAUAUUGAGGUUGACUUCCACGCAGUUGUGCUGCUUCCAGGAGGAAAAAUGGAGAUCCCUAUCACUUUCUACCCACGUGCAGCUAUCCUGUACCAAGAAACUGUGAUCUUUCAGAUGAAUGGGCAUUCCAAGCAGGCAGUCAAUCUUCAAGGCCAGGGCAUUGAGAUGAAGGUUGAAGUUUCUGAUCCCAAAUAUAAGGUGACAAAUUUUGGAGCUGUAAACAUUGGGCAAGCUGUGAAGAAAAGCAUCCCAAUUGUAAAUAAUAGCCUUUGCCCAGUUACUUGCAAAAUAACACUAAGUCCAAGUAUUGCUGCACUCCAGGAUCCCAAGGUCCUCAGUAUAUCACCUGGUUCAGAAAUAACAAUCCCCCCACGUGGCGGCAUCUGUAAAUUGGAGCUGCAGUUUAAUCCAAGGGAACGAAUUGUGCAGUUUGCAGAAGAAGUUAUGCUUGAAGCUUAUGGAGUGGCACGAUCGCUUCUUGUCCUGCGUGGGUGCAGCCAGGGUCUAGAACUGAGCUUGGAUCAGGAAUACAUCUCAUUUGGAGCAGUUGUUUUGCAGUGCCAGGCAAUUAGAAGGAUAGUCCUUAGCAACACCGGGGAGCUGGGAGCCAGGUUUAAGUGGGACAGUGAGAAGUUUCAGCCAGACUUUUCCAUAUCACCAGCCUCUGGUUAUAUAACUGCUGGCACUGAUGUGACAUUUGAAGUUGUCUUCCACCCUCGUGAGAUUGCUGCUGAUAUUCACUAUGAAAAUCUUUCAUGCUUCAUUGAAGGGAGCAAAGCCUUAAUGUUGACCCUCUCUGGAUCUUGUGUAGGGCUUCCCUCUACCAAAGAGGUUGUGAGUUUCCAGUGCCACGUGAGAAGUAAACAGACUCAAACGAUCUUACUAAUUAAUAAAACUAACCAGGCUUGGAAUCUGCAUCCAGUCAUUGAUGGGGAACAGUGGACAGGGCAGGAUAUCAUCGCUGUGGAAGCUCAGCAGAACAAGCCCUAUGAGAUCACAUAUCGACCUAUUACCAUGACCAGUGAGGGGAAAAAACACCAGGGUUCAAUCUUCUUCCCCUUGCCGGAUGGGGCGGGGUUGAUGUAUCUUCUUCAUGGCAUUGCUGAUCCUCCAAGGUCUUCUGGUAAUAUAAUCCGAGAAGUGCCCUGCAAGACACCCUACACUGAACUGCUGUCUGUAGCCAACUGGCUAAACAAAACACAAAGGUUUCAUGCAAUAGUGGAGGCAGUUAAGCCAGAUCGUCUGGACAGUACUACCACCAUAAAGGGACUUGAAUAUAUUGAAGUUCCUGCUGCUUCAAAGAGGGACUACAAACUUUCCUUUCAUUCUUAUAAAGAGGGCACAUUCUCUGUAAAGGUGACAUUCCGUAAUGAGGCAACCCAAGAAUAUCUAUUCUACUUUGUCACUUUCAAAGCAACACCUCCAGGCAUCAUUACCACUAUUGAAAUGGUGACACCAGUUCGGCAAAGCACAGUAGCGACUGUGAAUGUGGAGAAUCCUCUGUCCGUCCCAGUCACCUUCGUGACUGAUUGUAAAGUGGCAGAGAUUAAUUUGCCACCACAACUUACUGUACCUGCACAGUCUGAGGGUAGUCUGAUGUUCGAGUACCAACCUCUGAAAUCUGGGGAGUCAACAGGACGUUUAGCUCUUCAGAGCACUGACUUGGGUUUAUUUCAAUAUGAACUCCUUCUAAAAGCCACACCUGCCUUGUCUGAGAAACCCCUUUACUUCCGCACAACUCUUGGCUCCAGCCAGACAAUCAGUGCCAAAUUCACCAACUAUACCCGCCAGAAGGCUGAAUACACUUGUAAGGUUGAUAAUUCUGAUUUCCACGUUGAGAAGUUAGUGACAGCUGCCCCUGGUUCACAAGGUGGAUCGGAAGUCAGUGUUGAUGUUACCUAUGAACCUGUACAGCUAGGGGAGUCACGUGCUGUUCUGCUGAUUUCUUCCCCAGUAGGAGGAGAGUACACCAUUCCACUUUUUGGCUCUUCCUUAUCCCCCAAACCUCAGGGACCCAUCCAAAUCCGCUCUGGCUCCUCUAUCACCAUCCCUUUCAAGAAUGUCUUUCUGCAAACUACAGCUUUCACAUUCCAGGCAGAUCCUCCAGCUUUCACAGUGAAGCCCUGUGAGCCUGUUCGACCUAAAAAGACCCAUUAUAUUUCUGUGUCAUAUGAGGCCCCUAAUCCUGGGAGCAAGGUUCCAGUGACUGGAAAGCUUGUCAUCUCAUGUCCUCGUGCCACUGGCAUUGCCCAAGGAAUCUACUGGGUGUAUUACCUAAAGGGUGUAGUAUCUGAGAAGUGACUUUGCCAUACUAUCACUAUAUGCACUCUCUGCUCAGUCCUCAAACACACUCAGUUCACAAUUGAAUGUUUGUUUUCCUAUAAAGUACAUUACUUGUUGUAUAUGAAUAUAUAGAAGUAUUUGGCGAUUUCAUUAAACUUACAAAAAAAAAGCCUUUACCCUUUCA